AGGAGAUGACCAGAGACUGCGGACACAGUACAGGAGAUGACCAGAGACUGCAGACAUAGUACAGGAGAUGACCAGAGACUGCGGACACAGUGCAGGGGAUGACCAGACACUGCGGACACAGUGCAGGGGAUGACCAGAGACUGCGGACACAGUGCAGGGGAUGACCAGAGACUGCGGCCACAGUGCAGGGGAUGACCAGAGACUGCGGCCACAGUGCAGGGGAUGACCAGAGACUGCAGACACAGUGCAGGGGAUGACCAGAGACUGCGGACACAGUGCAGGAGAUGACCGGAGACUGCGGACAGUACAGGAGAUGACCAGAGACUGCGGACACAGUACAGGAGAUGACCAGAGACUGCAGACAGUGCAGGGAAUGACCAGAGACUGCAGACACAGUGCAGGGAAUGACCAGAGACUGCAGACACAGUACAGGGGAUGACCAGAGACUGCAGACACAGUACAGG